ACCAUUCUGUUUACAGCACCUCCAUAAAUAAGACAGUCUUGUACUUCCAACACCAAUACCAAUACCAAUACUCUCUCUCUCUCUCUCUCUUAGUAUAAACACACGAGUUGCAAGUAGUGCCGACUAGCUCAUUCAGUUUGGGAAUUGCAGGCAGAAAUGGAUACUGUCAAAACGGAGUCCUUCCUACGGAUCUCAGCUGCGCUCCUCUUGGUCUUGACGGCUUGUCUGGUGGGAUUUGAUUCCCAAACCAAGCUUCUCUUCUACUCAAUUGUCCGAAAGGCCACUUUUAGAGACAUGAAUGCCCUCAUUGUAUUGGUGUGGGUUGAUUCUGUGGCUGCUGGCUAUAAUCUCCUCCAUUUACUACUCAGAAGCUCUCUCUGCUCGAGUAGGUUCAAAGGCAAAAAUAUUCCAAUGGUGCCACACCCAUAUAUGGCUUGGUUUUGUUUCUUCUUAGACCAGGCAACGGUGUACGUAGUAUUCGCAGCGAAUUCAGCAGCGAUGGAGGCCUCAUUUCUAGCGGUAACCGGCUCAAGUAUCUUUCAAUGGAUGAAAGUGUGCAACAGAUUCACCAGGUUCUGUGUUCAAAUUGGCGGAGCUUUUCUCUCUGGCAUUGUUGCGUCUGUCUUGUUGAUUGCCAUAUCCUUCCUAUCCGCUUUUAGCCUGUUUAGACUCUACUCGCCAAGUCAGUUCUUGCUCUUGAAAUCCAGAUGAUUUCUUUUACUGUAUGUUUGUACCGUGCCUAGCUCGAUCGCACGUCAAAACUUCAUGUACUUAAUAAGAACAUAAGACAGUACUUGUUAAGGCAUCAUGUCAAUUUGUUUUGUUUGAUCAGAGUUUGCAAUCUAGUUAAGCUAA